CGUGGGCUUGCAACCUGGACUUCAACAGCUUGGGACGACUUCAACUCCAAGUCUCGACGUAGGAUUUCCAACGCUGGCGAGUAAGAGUGAUGGCUAUCGAGCAGCUUUUCGAGGCACUGCCUCUACAUUACCUGCAGCAUGGUAUCUCCAAGUUUGGCGCAGGGAAUGUUGCCCUUGCAGUCCUUCUUACGGCAGCUCUGGGCGUGCUUGCAGACUAUGCCUGGAUGCUAUAUCUGAGGUCAAAGAUGCCCCCAGGGCCCAUGCCCUGGCCUAUCGUCGGAAACACGUUCCAACUUCCAGACACCAAGCCUUGGAUAUACUUUGAGGAUCUAUCCAAAAAGUACAAUACGCCAUUGAUUACUUACUGGAUAGGAAGGAACCCUACCGUGUGGAUUAACGAUGCGUGGACGGCCAGCGAACUCCUUGACAAGCGGGCGGGUAUCUACUGCUCCCGUCCUCGAAUGCUCGUCUUUGCCGAACUGGGUGCGUGUCAGAGCAAUCUCGUCAACAUGAUCACUACGACCCAAGCAGAAAGAGACCGUUUCCGAGUUCAGCGCAAGCUCAUGCACCAGGGCGUCGGCAUCCAGCAAGUGAAGCGCUACCGUGACUUUCAAAAUGAUGAAAGCAAAGUAGUUGCCUAUGAUCUACUCAAGACCCCCGAGGAUUACGUGGCGCACUUUGAGCGCUAUGCAACCAGCGUUGUGUCUAUCAUUGGUUUUGGUAGGAGAGUGGGGGACCCCAAGGAUCCCAUCAUUACCGAAGUCAUUGCUGUCAUGCAUCGAGCGGCGGACCUCAAUGUGCCAGGGAAGACCUUCCCAAUGCUUCUUGAGACAUUUCCGGUGCUUGCUAAAGUCCCUACCGAAAUUGCGCCUUGGAAACACGGUCUCGGACGCCGUGGCAAGUCUCAUCGUGGGCAUGACUUCUUCUACUCGCUUGCUGUCGAAGCCAACGAGAACCCGGGACACGAUGACUGCUACUCCAAAAUGCUCUUCAAGGAACAGGCCAAGUACAACCUCAAGCCACAGGAGAUAUCCGCUCUGGCCGGCAACCUCUUCGGUGCUGGAAGCGACACUUCCAGCAGCACUCUUAUCACCGCCGUACUCGCAAUGCGCGCUUUCCCUGAGACUCUCAUUCACGCUUGGGAAGAGCUUGAUCGCGUUGUCGGUGAAGACAGGAGCCCUUCAUUCGAGGACGAUGCCGAUCUUCCCUACAUGCGCGCUUUUGUGAAGGAAGUAUUCCGAUGGCGGUCCGUGGCGAUCAUUGGAGGCCAACCGCAUGCUCCAGUACAGGAUGACUACUACAAUGGCUGGCUCAUUCCCAAAUCGACCUGGGUGCAAGGCAACGUGUGGGCAAUCCACCGAAACGAGCGCGAAUUCCCAGACCCUGACCGUUUCAACCCGAGCCGCUUCAUGAAAGACAGCCCGGACGCACGACCAUUCCCUGGAGAGCGAGGGUAUAUGACCUUCGGCUGGGGCAGAAGGGUAUGCUCCGGUCAAGCGCUCGCGGAACAGGGCACCUGGUUGACGGUUGCGCGACUCGUAUGGGGCUUUAAGAUCGAGCCCGCGCUUGACGAGAGCGGAAAGCCGAUUCCAGUCGACAUAUUCGACUACACAAACGGGCUCAACAUGCGUCCACAACCCUUCAAGGUCAGCAUCAAGCCACGAAGCGAGCGCAUCCGUCAGGCUAUCGUUCGAGAAGGGGAGCAAGCUCUAGCAAACCUUGCCCAGUACGAAGGCCAGACGAAGCACCGUAUGAGCACGUUCUACAAGAAGAAUAGGUGAUUAGCAACGCUAUCCCCGGUCUCGAGCAUUCCUCUGGCCGGCCAGGAGAGAGCUUGGCUGGCGUUUGCUGUACUCAUUUGGUCACUUAAUAUCAAGAGAGUUCUCCUAUGGUGCAUAACUGUGUUAUGCUUGUGCGAGAGUACAACUCGGCUUAAGUUUGUCAGCAGCGGGUGUAAGCUUAGCUCUGAAGGAUAAGAGUCCCCAGGUUGUGAAUACAGAUCACUCGAGUCCGUUACUCUUACUCUUAACGCGCA